AAUUGGAUAAGAACGUUAUUAAAAGCGCGACGGGCCGUAACUUGGAUCUUAUGUCGAACGAGACGAUUGUAGAAGAAGAUGCGUCUCCAUCGGCUUGGCUUGCAUGGGAUCACGUUGAUUUUGGCGAUACUGGCGAUAACAUGCGAGAUCUCGCGGGCCAGUAAGCAGUGCAAGGCGGUCGUGAUGGACGUGCACGUGAAGAAGUGUAGACUCGGUGCCGAGAGAGCCAAGAGAGGCCUCGAAAGGUUCGAUCUGCAGAAGUACGAUGAGAAGGACGAGACGAAGAGGCUGGAAGGGCCCGAUUACUCGAAGACGCAAGAUACGGCGUCUCACGGCGUUCCACGGAAGAGGCAGCUGUCACCCGGACAAAUCGGCGUUAUCGCACUGCCGAUUGUCGCGCAAGCUAUAAACGGCGCCGCUAAAGCCCAAGCAUACGCCACGUCCAGGACAAGAUAUCAGGACUCUAGUCCGAGCUUAAUGGAGUCUACUCUCGGCUUGCCAGGGUAUUAUCUCAGGAGGCCUUAUCCGUUCAACAGGGGCCUCGCGCCGGCCUUUAACGACGAUCUCGAUCUGAGCGACGAAGAACUGGACGAAUUGUACAAUGAUAUAAUCUAUGAAAGGUUCCCGAGAGCUUCGAAAGAUGAAGCUUGGAAGAUUUUCUUAGAAACAGCGGCGAAAUGCUGUCUAAAUGUCGACCGGUGUCUCAAGGAAACGAUGUCCAUACCUUGUCUAGAAAGUUAGACGUCUUAACGCGUUGACCACCAAUACGCUCAUCCGUGAACGGCGUCCUAGUGGUCACUGGUGACAGGCGCUAUCGAGAUCUAUGGAAAUGUUUGUAAAAAAUAAUAAAUACCAUACUAUUAAUACUUGGACAACAAUAAGUAGCCAGAUAACAAUAUAAAGCGAACAAUGCACUUUCCGACGUACUAUUCGACGUAUAUGAGGAUACCAAAAAUCGUAUUUAAUCAUAUUACACAAUAUUUUAUUACUAUACAGAGUCAGGCCGAAGUACGCGAUGCAACCGGGAAAUGGCUGUUUCCGUGGGAAAUGUAUAGAAUAGAUUUUCUGUUUGAGAUACUGGCCGGACAGACAACGUGUCUCAGAAUUAAAAAUCGAGAUCAUCAAAUUAGAAUACCAAAAAUUAUAAAGACAGUAUCACGUUUAUUAUCUUACUUCCGCGUUACUUUACUGCUUUUGUACGAAAUUGUUCGAUGGAAUAAAUGAAGCACCAGUCGGUACGUAUAAAUGUAUUUAUUGGUCGCUAUUAUUAACGCA